GAAGAUGAUGAUGAUGAUGAUGAAGACGCUAAAAUGACAACACAUUUUAAAGUGCUACCUAUUCGGAUUACGAAAAAUACUACACAGUGAAGACACACUUUAAAAAAAGAGUAUUGCUUUAUUAAUUCCAAAGACAAAAUGGCUUGAGAUUCGGAAUUCAGGGAAACAAGUGCCGAUUCCACGGUCUGGAAUUGGAAGCCUAUUUCGCAGUUGCCCUGCGUUGACUCCGUUUGUACGGUUUUAGGAGAUACACUGGAUGUAGCUGCAUUUCGGGAUGGACAAAUGACGAGGUGUAGGAUUUUCGAAUGACAGUUGUGAUAUAACGGCAAGCUAUCUAGGUAGCUGUUAUAUUUUUUUGAUGCAAUAUAUGCAUUGUUCUCCAAAACGAUGAUGUGUGCUGCCGCAGCAGUCGGUGGUGGAGGGACUGUGCCAUCCACAUUACCAUCGAUGCGGCUGGGCAUCAGCGUCAUUUCUGGAGUUGGGGACGAUUUCUCCUCUUUUGGUUCGGGAAUGGGUUCUUGUCAAACACCGGGAACCCAGUCGGAUUGCCGAAGUCGAUACCAACUUCUACUCUCUGGGCGAGCUUUAGCGGAAAGAUACAGGAGGAUUUAUUCCACGGCUAUCAAUGACAAGGAGCAAGGGAUAAACCAAGGAAGGGGAAAGAAAGCUUUAAACAAGAAGAAGCUGAAACGGCGGCAAAAGUUGAAGUCAAAAGUCAAAACGGGAACAAAGACAAAGAACCUUGAUGGGGUCUUCUGCUUGCUGGAAAUCAAGCUGCAUAGCAACCCAUCUGCGUUCAAUGUGUACUGCAACGUGCGCCACUGCGUGCUGGAAUGGCAGCAGCGGGAGGCGUCCCUGGCUCUGGCCUCCAGGAGCUCUGUGCAGAGCGGCGACUCGGACAGCGAGGAGGAGGAGUUCCGUGAGCCUGCCAUAAAGCUUCCCAAGAUUAUUGGCAUUGGUCUGUGUGGGGUGUUUGAGCUGAUCAAGGAGACUCUGUUCUCCCACCCCUCGCUGUGCCUGCGCAGCCUACAGGCCCUACUGGACAUGCUGCAGGGACAACAACCAGAGGGCUUCCAAACCGAACCUCCUGAUGUACUGGAGUCUUUGUUUCACCUGCUGCUGGAGACAACUGUGCGCAGCACAGGGAUGAAUGACCCCACGGGGCAGGCCCUCACCGCCCUCUCCUGCGCCUGCCUCUUCAGCCUGGUGGUGUCCUGGGGAGACACGGGCAAGACCCUGCAGGCCGUCUCCGCCAUCCUCACCAACAACGACAGUCACACCUGCCAAACUAUCCAGGUGCCGACCAUUCUGAACGCUCUACAGAGGAGCGUGCAGGCCGUGCUGGUGGGCAAGAUCCAGAUCCAAGAUUGGUUCGGCAAUGGCAUCAAGCGGGCGGCACUGAUGAACAAGUGGGUACUGAAGGAGGUGACCGUCAAUGAGGAUGAGCGCUGCCUGCUACAGACCGACGGCUCUUUCCUCUACCUGCUCUGCAAGGAUGGCCUCUACAAAGUGGGCUCCGGCUACAGUGGCACCGUCAGGGGCCAUGUGUAUAAUUCCACAUCAUGCUUCAGGAAUCGGAUGGAGAAGAGAUCAUGGUUGGGCUUCGCUCAGGGCUGCCUGUGGUACCGGGAUAUGAGUAACAACCACAGUACAUCGGCCAUCAAGAUCGACCCAGAGACUCUGGAGCAUGAGGGAACCAUCACUAUGCCAGGCCUACAGACAGACGGCCAGAGCGUAGUCUUCACUGACGGCGAACACAUCAACCAAAUCACUGCCUGCAAAGACGAUGGGUUUGUGGUGCGGAUCUACGCAACCAGUACAGACCCAGCACUGCAGCAGGAGCUUCAGCUGAAACUGGCCAGGAAGUGUCUCCAUGCCUGCGGCAUCUCUCUGUUUGACCUGGAGAAAGACCUUCACAUCAUCAGUACAGGGUUUGACGAGGAGGCAGCAUUGCUAGGAGCAGGCAGGGAAUUUGCUUUGAUGAAAACUGCCUCAGGAAAGAUCUACUACACAGGGAAGUAUCAGAGCCUCGGCAUCAAGCAAGGUGGUCCGUCGGCAGGUAAAUGGGUCGAGCUGCCUGUCACCAAGUCCCCUAAGAUCAUCCAGUUCUCGGUGGGCCAUGACGGCUCACACGCCCUGCUUGUGGCCGAGGAUGGCAGCGUGUUCUUCACCGGUUCUGCCAGCAAGGGAGAGGAUGGAGAGUCCACCAAAAGCCGGCGCCAACCGAAGCCCUACAAGCCCAAGAAGAUGAUGAAGCUGGAGACCAAGACGGCGGUAAACACAGCCUGCAACAACGGCAGCAGCGGCAUAGUCACCAAAGAUGGAGAGCUCUACAUGUUCGGCAAGGACGCCAUCUACAGCGACAGCACCUGCCAGGUGUCAGACCUGAAGGGUCACAUUGUAACCCAGGUAGCCAUGGGGAAGGCCCACACCUGUGUCCUGACUAAGAGUGGAGAGGUCUGGACGUUUGGGGUCAACAACAAGGGCCAGUGUGGCCGAGAAACAGGGGCCAUGAACCAGGCAGGGAAAGCAUUUGGCAUUGAGAGCAUGGCGACCGCCAUGGAUGAGGACCUGGAGGAUGAGCUGGAGGAGAAGGAGGAGAAGAGCAUGAUGUGCCAGUCGGGCAUGCACAAGUGGAAGCUGGACCAGUGCAUGGUGUGCACUGUGUGUGGAGACUGCACCGGAUACGGAGCUGGCUGUGUCAGCAGCGGACGGCCCGACAGAGUACCCGGAGGUAUCUGUGGCUGUGGUUCGGGGGAGUCUGGCUGCUCAGCAUGUGGCUGCUGUAAGGCCUGCGCCAGGGAGCUGGAUGGACAGGAGGCCAGACAGAGGGGCAUCUUUGAUGCUGUCAAGGACAUGAUACCACUAGACUUACUACUAGCUGUGCCUGUCCCUUCCCAACCAGGAGUCAACAUCCAGGAGCACAUCCAGGAGCACAUCCAGAUCCGGCAGGAGGAGAAACGCCAGCGGAUCAACCGCCGACACCGGCUGGAGGAGGGACAAGACGGGAGCAGCGAGCGAGAGGAGAAGGACGCCAGUAAGAUCACCACUUACCCCCCGGGGGCGGUGCUUUUCGACUGCGAGAUGACAGCUGUGCAGGUUAGCUGCGGCCUCCACCAUUCAGUGGUGCUGUUGGAGAAUGGGGAUGUCUAUACAUUUGGCUACGGUCAGCAUGGCCAGCUUGGACACGGAGAUGUCAACUCUAGGGGAUCUCCCACACUGGUGCAGGCUCUCCCAGGUCCGAGUGUCCAGGUGACAGCUGGUAGUAACCACACGGCAGUGCUCCUCAUGGGCGGACAGGUCUUCACCUUCGGCAGCUUCUCGAAAGGGCAGCUGGGUCGGCCAAUCCUGGACAUGCCCUACUGGAACGCCAAGCCCUCCCCCAUGCCCAACAUUGGUGUCAAGUACGGCCGCAAGGCCACCUGGAUUGGGGCCAGCGGCGACCAGACCUUCCUGAGAAUAGACGAGGCCCUGAUCAACUCACACGUCCUGGCUACCUCCGAGAUCUUUGCUAGCAAAGACAUCAUCGGCUUAGUCCCCACCUCUGUAUCGGAGCCCCCUCCCUUUAAAUGCCUGCUCAUCAACAAGCUAGAUGGCAGCUGCCGCACCUUCAACGACUCCGAGCAGGAGGACCUGCAGGGCUUCGGCCUCUGUCUCGACCCCGUCUACAACGUCAUCUGGAGGUUUCAGCCGGGGUCAAAGGAGAUGUGUUGCUACAACGCAGUUAUAGCAGAUGGCCGUGUGCCAUCGGCCACGGACCUAGAGACCCGCUGCAGCAUCCUCAGCCCUGAGCUGGCACUGCCCGAUGGAGCCCAUGCACGGACCACCCGCUCCCACGGAGCCCUGCACAUAUUAGGUUGCCUGGAUACGCUGGCGGCCAUGCAAGAGCUGAAGAUGGGCGUGGCCAGCACAGAGGAGGAAACUCAGGCUGUUAUGAAGGUCUACUCCAAGGAGGACUACAGCGUGGUCAACCGCUUCGAGAGUCACGGGGGUGGCUGGGGUUACUCUGCCCACUCGGUGGAGGCCAUCCGCUUCUGUUCUGAUGCGGACAUCCUACUGGGGGGACUGGGCCUGUUCGGGGGCCGUGGGGAGUACACCGCGAAGCUCAAGUUGUUAGAGCUGGGGCCUGAUGGUGGAGACCAUGAGACGGAUGGGGACCUCCUGGCUGAGACUGACGUCCUGGCCUAUGACUGCGCUGCCAGGGAGAAGUACGCCAUGAUGUUUGAUGAACCGGUGCUGCUGCAGCUGGGCUGGUGGUACGUGGCAUGGGCCCAGGUGUCUGGACCCAGCUCAGACUGUGGCUCCCACGGACAGGCCACCAUCACCACAGAUGACAGUGUGGUCUUUCAGUUCAAGAGCUCCAAGAAGUCAAACAACGGUACCGAUGUGAACGCAGGUCAAAUACCUCACCUCUUGUACAGGCUUCCGUCGAACGAUGGCAUAGUAGCCAAAGGGAAACAGCAGACCAGUGAGCCGGUUCACAUCCUCAAACGCUCCUUCGCCAGGACCGUUUCAGUGGAGUGUUUUGAGUCCCUGCUGAGGAUCCUCCACUGGAGCUGGACCACCCUGGUGCUGGGGGUGGAGGAGCUGAGGGCCCUGAAAGGCUUCCAGUACACAGCCACCCUGCUGGACCUGGAGCGCCUGCGCUUUGUAGGGACCUGCUGCCUGCGCUUGCUCCGCGUCUACAUCUGUGAGAUCUUCCCCAUAUCUGCCAGCGCCAAGGCGGUGGUGGAAGAGUCCAGCAAGCUGGUGGAGUGGGUCGGCAACACCCGUAGCCUGCUCAAGAAGAUCCUCUCGGAGGGCAUGGACAACUGCCUGACCAAUCUGGACAACGACCCUCAGGGCUACCUCUCCCAGCCCCUCACCCUGCUGGAGGCCGUGCUGCAGGAGUGCCACAACACCUUUACCUCCUGCUUCCACUCCUUCUACCCCAAGCCCGCUCUGCAGUGGGCCUGCCUCUGCGACUUGCUCAACUGCCUCGACCAGGACAUCGCCGAGGCCAACUUCCGCACAUCGAGCAGCCGACUGUUGGCAGCGGUGAUGUCUGCGCUGUGCAACACAUCAGUCAAGCUGUCAUCCAUCUUGCCCAUUGCGUACGACGGCGAAGUGAUGCUGUGCUCGCUGGUCAAACAGGUCAGCACGGAGAAUGACUCUGCGCUCGCACACCGCUUCCCCCUGCUGGUGGAGCACAUGGAGAAACUCAGCCAUAGGGAGGAGAACCUGAUGGGGAUGGCCAGUUUCCGGGAGGUUCUUGAGAAGAUGCUGGUGAUCGUGGUGCUACCGGUGAGGAAAAGCCUGAGGAAGGAGGUGGAGGUCUUCUCCCCCCACCUGGUCUCCAACACCUGUGGCCUGCUGGCCAGCAUCGUCUCUGAGCUCACCGCCUCUGCCCUGGGCUCCGAGGUGGACGGUCUGAACUCUCUUCACUCUGUGAAGUCCACUCCCAACCGCUUCACCAAGACGAGCCAGGGCCGCAGCUGGAACACAGGCAACGGCUCUCCAGAUGCCAUCUGUCUGACAGUGGACAAGCCUGGCGUGGUGCUGGUGGGCUUUUGUGUCUACGGCGGCGGAGGCAUCCAUGAGUACGAGUUGGAGGUGCUGGCUGAUGAUGCUCAGACGGAACACUCUGGGGAUUCGGUCCACACCCACAGGUGGACGUCUCUGGAGCUGGUCAAGGGAACCUACAGCACCGAUGACUCUCCCAGCGACAUUGCCGAGAUACGUCUCGACAAGGCCGUGCCACUGAAGGAGGGUGUGAAAUAUGCUGUCCGCCUGCGUAACUAUGGCAGCCGAACGGCCAAUGGGGAUGGAGGGAUGACCACGGUUCAGUGUUCCGAUGGCUUGUCCUUUACCUUCCGAACCUGUAGCCUGAGCAGCAACGGGACAAACCAGACUCGAGGACAAAUACCACAGAUGCUGUACUACAGGAGUGAGUAUGACGGAGAUCUGCAGUCCCAGCUGCUGAACAAAGCCAAUGAGGAGGACAAGAACUGCAGCAGGGCUCUCGCAGUGGUCAGUGCAGUGGUCAGAGCUGCCAAGGAUCUCCUUCACAUGGCGUUCACUGUCGAUGAGGACAUCCCUGAGCUGCUGAGCUCUUCCAGCCUGUUCUCCAUGCUGCUCCCCCUCAUCCUGGCCUACAUCGGCCCUGUGGCUGCCUCAGUACCCAAGGCCGCAGUGGAAGUCUUUGGUCUGGUCCAGGAGUUACUUCCUGCUGUCUCCGCUUUGAACCAGAAGUAUGCCCCACUGGCUUUCAACCCCAACCAAUCAACAGACAGCACCACGGGCAACCAGCUGGAGCAGGGCCUAUCGGCAUGCACCACCUCCAGUCACUAUGCUAUAAUAGAGAGUGACCACCCUUACAAGCAGGCCGGAGUCACACAGUAUAUGGUGUCAUUCCCGGACUGCGUGCGGUGGACCACCAUUGAGUUUGACCCCCAGUGUGGCACAGCCCAGCCAGAGGAUGUCCUUCGCCUGCUCAUCCCCAGCCAUUCGUUCCACCUGUCCAGCCUGAGCACCAAGCCCCUGGCCCACGACACCAUCAACACCUGGGUGGAGCUCAAGAAGAUCUCUGGCUCCAAUGGCUGGCCUACCACUGUCCUAGUGCUGCCAGGAAACGAGGCCCUGUUCUCCUUAGAAACUGCCUCUGACUACGUAAAAGAUGAGAAGGCCUGUUUCUACGGCUUCAAGUGUGUUGCCGUGGGUUACGAAUUCAACCCCGGACCAGAUGAGGGUAUUAUCCAGCUGGAGAAGGAGCUGGCAUACUUGGGCAGUGUGUGUGCUGCUGCUCUGAUGAAGAAGGAUCUGGCUCUUGGGAAUGAACUUGAAGAGGACCUUGAGAUUCUUGAAGAGGCCUCUCUCCAGGUGUGUAAGGCCCACUCAGGUAUCCUGGGCAAGGGUCUGGCCUUGUCCCACUCCCCCACAAUCCUGGAGGCUCUGGAGGGCAACCUGCCUCUGCACCUGCAGACCAACGAGCACUCCUUCCUGGAGGACUUCAUUACCUGUGUGCAGAACUCCAGCGGAGGACGCCUGGCCAGGUGGCUGCAACCGGAUUCCUACGCGGACCCCGAGAAGACGUCUCUGAUCCUGAACAAGGACCACAUCUGCUGCGGCUGGCCCACCACAGUGGCCGUCCAGACCAAAGACCAGUACGGAGACGUGGUGCAUGUGCCCAACAUGAAGGUGGAGGUGAAGGCGGUGCCCGUCUCCCAGAAGAAGUCCAUGCAGCAGGAGUGCAUGAGGAAGCUGCAGCGUCUCCCAGGCAGCAACAACCCCUCCUCGGGCACUCCUGACCUGACCUUCGGGGGCCUGCCCAUGCCCAAGCUGGACGCCACUUACGAGCCCAUGAUCGUCAAGGAGGCGCGCUAUAUCGCCAUCACAAUGAUGAAGGCCUAUGAGAACUACUCGUUCGAGGAGCUUCGCUUUGCUUCGCCCUCUCCAAAGAGGCCCAGUGAGAACAUGUUGAUCUGGGCCAACACAGACGGGACCUACAGCGCCAACUGGACCCCCGGGGCUGUGGGCCUCUAUACCAUCCACGUCACCAUCGACAGCAUCGAGAUCGAUGCUGGUAUGGAGGUGGAGGUGAAAGACCCUCCUAAAGGCAUGAUCCCACCUGGCACACAGAUGGUUAAACCCAAGGCCGAGCCCCAACCUAGCAAGGUCCGCAAAUUUGUGUCCAAGGACAGUGCAGGCCUCCGCGUGCGUAGUCACCCCUCCCUGCAGAGCGAACAGAUAGGCAUAGUGCAAGUCAAUGGCACAAUCACCUUCAUUGAUGAGAUCCACAAUGAUGAUGGUGUUUGGCUCAGGCUGAAUGACGAGACAGUAAAGAAGUAUGUGCCCAACAUGAAUAGGUACACUGAAGCCUGGUGCCUCUCUUUUAACCAGCACAUGGGCAGGAGCCUGCUGGUCCCUGCCAACGUGAUCAACACAGAGGGGACGUGGGUGCAGCUGGACAAGAAUAGCGUGGUGGAGUUCUGCGAGAGCAACAAAGGAGAGGCCUGGUCUCUGGCCCGAGACCCUGGGGGAAACCAGUACCUACGCCAAGGGGAAGAACAAACCCUGCUAGAGCAUGGGGCCCAGACCCCCCCAACUAGCCCCUUUUCUGUCCAGGCCUUCAACAGUGCUGCUGGAGCCAUUGGGGCCAACCGGACACAGGGCUUCAACUAUGGCAUCUCAAACAACAAAGCCUCUAAACAACGACAGAAAAGCCACUCCCCAAAACAGGAGGGUGGACGCUCCUCAGACAACUCCAAAAGCAAAGACCUGUCGGCCAGCGAGGCACUGAUCCUGAGGUCAGACACGGCCAAACUGCGGUCAGACUCUCAUAGCCGCUCUCACUCGCCCAACCAUAACACCCUGCAGGCGCGGAAGGCCGAAGUGCGUGAUCGUGACUUCUCCGGGCUGCGCGCCGAAUCGCCCAACCCUGGCUCCCGCUCCUCUUCGCUCAAGCAGAAGGGCCUGUCCUCCUCCUCAGGGAAGUAUAGACCCUCUAGCACCUCCUUGGCGUGGUCCUCCUCCCCCCAGCAUGACCAGAACCUCCCUCCCAAAGUCAGCCCCUCCAUGGCUCUGCUGGACCCGCCCAGAGAGAGAUCCAAGUCGGACUCGUACACACUGGACCCGGACACCCUACGGAAAAAGGUCCCUCUCGCCUCAGAGCCACUGAGGGGAAGGUCCACCUCUCCUAAACCCAAACUAUCUCCCAAGGACAGGUGCAGCAAAGGAGGUGACAUGAACAUGGAGAACCGCAGCCCAUCACCCCAUGUGACCCAGGAAGACCUCCACAGGGAGGUGGUGAUGUGUACGUCUAUUGCUCUUCUUUCCGAUGAUGAGGGAAAUGAUGAGAACGUUGACGUAAGCAACACAGAGGAGGGCUCUUCCAAGGUGCACUUCAGCAUCUGCAAGGUGCCCAUCAAGGAUGAGCUGGAGAGCAGUCGCUCGUCGGCAAAAGUCAGCCGCAAGACCUCCAGCCGCCACGUGCGCCCCAAGAAGGACAAGUCUGGCCCGCUCUUCAAGGGUGAGAGCUCAUCAGGGCUCACCGAGACCACCAAGCAGGCUAUGUCGCCCUCGGUGGCAGAGUGCGCCCGGUCGGUCUUCGCCGCGUUCCUCUGGCACGAGGGCAUUGUCCACGACGCCAUGGCCUGCUCCUCGUUCCUCAAGUUCAACCCGGAGCUGACCAAGGAGCAUGCGCCCGUCCGCAGCUCGCUGGGCGGCCAAGAGGAGAAGGAGAGCAAGCUGAUGAACCGCCACUCGCUGGAGAUAUCUUCGGCCCUCAAUAUGUUCAACAUUGCCCCACACGGGCCCGACAUCUCCAAGAUGGGCAGCAUCAACAAGAACAAGGUCCUGUCCAUGCUCAAAGAGCCACCACUGACCGAGAAGUGCGAGGACAGCAAGGGGGAGCCCGUCUCCCACGAGGUGGCCACUCAUCCCUUCAUGAGGGCCAAGUCCAUCCUGCCGCUCACACUCCAGCACCUUGUUGCAUUCUGGGAGGACAUCUCCAUGGCGACCAUCAAGGCAGCCACCCAGAACAUGAUUUUUCCCAGCCCGGGCUCCAGCGCCAUCCUGAAGAAAAAGGAAAACGAGAAGGACACUAAGAAGUCCAAGAAGGAGAAGAAGAAAAGAGAUCAGGCGGAGGUGCGCCCCAGGGGGAACCUGUUUGGGGAGAUGGCCCAGCUGGCCAUCGGGGGACCAGAGAAGGACACCAUCUGUGAGCUGUGUGGGGAGUCGCACCCCUACCCUGUCACCUACCACAUGAGGCAGGCCCACCCAGGUUGUGGUCGCUACGCGGGAGGCCAGGGCUACAACAGUAUCGGCCACUUCUGUGGGGGCUGGGCAGGAAACUGUGGAGACGGAGGGAUCGGUGGAAGUACCUGGUACCUGGUGUGUGACCGCUGCAGGGAGAAGUACCUGAGAGACAAGCAGACUGCUGCCAGGGAAAAGGUGAAGCAGUCGAGGAAGAAGCCCCUGCAGUUGAAGAUGCCGCGAGCGCUGCCCACCAUGGAGGCCCACCAGGUGAUCCGUGCCAACGCCCUUUUCCUGCUUUCCCUAAGCAGCGCCGCAAAGCCCAGCCUGCUGUGCCACCACCCGCCUCGCCCGCUUCACUCCCUGCUGCCCAGCCUCAAGGAGGGCGUCUCUGACGAGAAGGCCAACAAGAUGGGCUGCCUCUACCUGCAGAUGCUGGCCAGGCAACACACAGAGAACUUUGCUGGGUACCAGGAUGACAACCUGUUUCAGGAUGAGAUGAGGUACCUACAUUCCACGUCUGUCCCUGCACCCUACAUCUCAGUCACCCCCGACGCCUGCCCCAACGUGUUCGUGGAGCCCGAGAGCAACAUGAAGUCUAUGCCACCCAGUCUGGAGACCAGCCCAAUCACAGAUAGUGACUUGUCCAAGAGGACGGUGUUCCAGAGGUCUUACUCUGUAGUGGCCUCUGAGUAUGACAAGAAGCACUUGGCCUCUCCGGCCAGGGUCAAAGCCGUGCCCAGACGUGGAGUCCACAGUGGGGAUGCAGAUGUGGGCUCUUCUCUGUUGCGCCACCCCUCCCCGGAACUGUCCCGACUCAUCUCGGCCCACGGAUCCCUCAGUAAGGGCGAGAGGAACUUCCAGUGGCCUGUCCUGGCCUUCGUCAUCCAGCACCAUGACCUGGAGGGUUUGGAGGUGGCCAUGAAGCACGCCCUGCGCAAGUCCGCAUGCAGGGUCUUCGCCAUGGAGGCGUUCAACUGGCUGCUGUGUAACGUGAUCCAGACCACCUCGCUGCACGACAUCCUGUGGCACUUUGUCGCCUCCCUCACCCCGUCACCCUUUGAACCCAAGGAAGAGGAGGAGGAAGAAAACAAAGCCCCCGGGAACAAGACAAUUGUGAUGGAGCAGGAGAGAGACCUGGCUGUGUGUGAGCACCCGCUGUCUGACAUUGUGAUUGCCGGGGAGGCUGCCCACCCCCUCCCCCACACCUUCCACCGCCUCCUCCAGACCAUCUCCGACCUCAUGAUGUCCCUUCCUAGUGGCAGCUCCCUGCAGCAGAUGGCCCUCAGGUGUUGGAGUUUGAAGUUCAAGCAGUCUGACCAUCAGUUCCUGCACCAGAGCAAUGUGUUCCACCACAUCAACAACAUCCUGUCCAAGUCAGAUGACGGCGACAGCGAGGAGAGCUUCAACAUCAGUGUGCAGUCUGGCUACGAGGCCAUGAGCCAAGAGCUGUGCCUGGUGACCUGUCUGAAGGACCUUACCAGUGUGGUGGACAUCAAGACGUCCAGCCGUUCGGCCAUGAUCGGCAGCCUGACGGAUGGCUCAACUGAGACCUUUUGGGAGUCGGGCGAUGAGGACAAGAACAAGACCAAGUGCGUUACCAUCAGCUGCGUCAAAGGCAUCAAUGCCUCUAACAUCACUGUGCACGUGGACAACUCCCGUGACAUUGGGAACAAAGUCACCUCCAUGACGUUCCUGUGUGGCAAAGCCGGGGAGGACCUCUGCAGAAUCAAACAGAUGGACCUUGAUUCGCGUCACAUGGGCUGGGUGACCAGCGAGGUUCCUGGGGGAGACCACCAUGUGAUCAAGGUGGAGCUGAAGGGACCCGAGAACACGCUGCGGGUGCGCCAGGUCAAGGUGCUGGGCUGGAAGGAUGGCGAGAGCAUCAAGAUCGCAGGGCAGAUCUCGGCCAGCGUGGCCCAGCAGAAGAACUGCGAGGCCGAGACACUCCGUGUUUUCCGCCUCAUCACCUCACAGGUAUUUGGGAAGCUAAUCUGCGGAGAUGCUGAGCCAACCCCUGAACAGGAGGAGAAGAACCUGCUGUCAUCACCAGAGGGGGAGGACAAGGCGCCAUCAGACGCAGACCUGAAGGAACACAUGGUGGGCAUCAUUUUCAGCCGGAGCAAGCUGACCAACCUGCAGAAACAGGUGUGCGCCCACAUCGUCCAGGCCAUCCGCAUGGAGGCGACCCGGGUGCGCGAGGAGUGGGAGCAUGCCAUCUCCAGCAAGGAAAACGCCAACUCGCAGCCCAGCGACGACGACGCCUCCUCGGACACCUCCUCGGACGCCUACUGCUUCGAGCUGCUCUCCAUGGUGCUGGCGCUGAGCGGCUCCAACGUGGGCCGCCAGUACCUGGCCCAGCAGCUGACACUGAUGCAGGACCUGUUCUCGCUGCUGCACACGGCCUCGCCCCGUAUCCAGAGACAGGUGACCUCUCUCCUCCGUCGUGUCCUCCCAGAGGUGACACCCGUGCGCCUGGCCAGCAUCAUCGGCAUCAAGGCCCUGCCGCCUGCCGAUAUCAGUGACAUCAUCCACUCGACCGAGAAGGGUGACUGGAACAAGCUUGGCAUCCUGGACAUGUUCCUGGGCUGCAUUGCCAAGGCACUCACCGUGCAACUCAAGGCCAAGGGAACCACCAUUGCCGGCACGGCAGGCAUGGCGGCAGGCAAAGGCAUCACUACUGUCACGCUGCCCUUGAUUUUCAACUCCAGCUACAUUCGCCGGGGGGAGAGCCACUGGUGGAUGAAGGGAUCCACUCCCCCUCAGAUCGCUGAGAUAAUCAUCAAGCUGGUCAAAGACAUGGCUGCCGGACACCUGUCGGACGCCUGGUCUCGGGUGACGAAGAACGCCAUCGCUGAGACCAUCAUCGCCCUCACCAAGAUGGAGGAGGAGCAUCGCUCGCCAGUCCGUUGCAUCGCCACCACCCGGUUGUGGCUUGCUCUGGCCUCUCUGUGUGUGCUGGACCAGGAUCAUGUGGACAGGCUGUCCUCAGGCCGCUGGAUGGGCAAAGACGGACAGCAGAGACAGAUGCCCAUGUGCGAUAACCAUGAUGACGGCGAGACAGCAGCCAUCAUCCUGUGUAACAUGUGUGGUAACCUGUGUACCGACUGUGACCGCUUCCUCCACCUGCACCGACGCACUCGCUCCCAUCAGAGACAGGUGUUUAAGGAGGAGGAGGAGGCAAUCAAGGUGGACCUCCACGAGGGCUGUGGGAGGACAAAGCUCUUCUGGCUUAUGGCUCUGGCCGACUCCAAGACCAUGAAGGCCAUGGUGGAGUUCAGGGAACACACAGGGAGACCAGCCUCCAGCAGCUCAGAUGCCUGCAGGUUUUGUGGCACCAGGAACGGCACCGAGCUCUCGGCUGUGGGCAGUGUCUGCUCUGACCCAGACUGCCAGGAGUAUGCCAAGCUGGCGUGCAGUAAGACCCAAGCAUGCGGCCACCUCUGUGGCGGGGUGAGGAAUGAGAAGGGCUGCCUGCCCUGUCUGCACGGCUGCAACAAGAGCGCAGGCUGCCUGAAACAGGACGCAGACGACAUGUGCAUGAUCUGCUUCACUGAGGCGCUCUCUGCCGCUCCCGCUGUCCAGCUGGACUGCAGUCAUGUGUUCCACCUCCAGUGUACCCGUCGUGUUCUGGAGAACCGCUGGCUCGGGCCCAGGAUCACCUUCGGCUUCAUGUCCUGCCCCAUUUGCAAGAACAAGAUCAACCACUCGGUCAUCAAGGACCUGCUGGACCCUAUCAAGGAGCUGUUUGAGGACGUACGGAGGAAGGCUCUGAUGAGGAUGGAGUAUGAGGGGCUGCACAAGAGCGAGGCCAUCACCACGCCCGGUGCCCGCUUCCACAACGACCCGGCCGGCUUCGCAAUGAAUCGAUACGCCUACUACGUCUGCUACAAGUGCCAAAAGGCGUACUUUGGAGGAGAGGCGCGCUGUGACGCGGAGGCAGGACAGGGAGACGACUACGACCCCAGCGAGUUGAUCUGUGGAGCAUGCUCAGAUGUGUCCAGGGCACAGAUGUGUUCCAAGCACGGGACAGACUUUCUGGAGUACAAAUGCCGUUACUGCUGCUCGGUGGCUGUGUUCUUCUGCUUCGGCACCACUCACUUCUGUAACGCCUGCCACGAUGACUUCCAGAGGAUGACCAGCGUGCCCAAGGAGGAGCUGCCUCACUGUCCUGCAGGUCCAAAAGGCAAGCAGUUGGAGGGGACAGAUUGCCCCUUACACGUGGCUCACCCACCUACCGGCGAGGAGUUUGCCCUGGGCUGUGGAGUGUGCAGGAAUGCCCAUAGCUUCUAAAAACACCCAGGUCUGAAAACUGAGAGACACGUACCGAACACUCCUCCUACUGGGACUGCAGGAUGUUGGCUGCAUUCUGAGCCCAGCCUGUCAAGUAUCUCCUCGUGUUGGCUUUCAUGUUGUCAGAUGGCCCUGGACACUGGAUCAGGCUUUCUACCGUACCCAAGUUGUGCUCCACGACCUACCAGCCAGAGUCUUUUAAGGCUACUACAAAACACACAGAGAGUUGAGGUUCUAUGUGCAUUCCAGAGGAAACUCUAAUAUAUAAUAACUAAACUUGUGACCUGUUUGCAUGUGGCCGUUGUGACCCCUUGGCUUCCAUAGAAGUUGACCAGAGUCUUCGAGGCUACUACAAAACACACAGAGAGUUGAGGCUCUAUGUGCAUUCCAGAGGAAACUCUAAUAUAUAAUAAUUAAACUUGUGACCUGUUUGCAUGUGGCUGUUGUGACCCCUUGGCUUCCAUAGAAGUUGCACACCUCCCGAUCACUGAAGUGUAACAAUGUAUUGAAUAUUGAUUUUUUUUUGCUUAAGGCAAUUAGGAUGAACAUGGGAUAUAUACAAGAAAAAAAUAUGAGACGGGUUGUAUUUCCAGCUUCCUAUCAAUGAAUUCAAAAUAUUGUUGAAUGUAAAGACUUUUUUUUGUAAUCCUGUACAUUAUUUUCUCCACUGUCGAGUGCAUCAUGGGUUGACGGGCAACAACAAAUUCUGAUAAGGUGGUGAAAAAGACUUAAAGGUUUUGGAGGAAAAUAGUGUGCAAUUGAUCUAAUCUUGUAUAUAAUGAUGUUUUCUGAAGUUGCUGCUCUACACUUCAAUUGUGUUUGAUAUUCUGGUUUGAGUUUUGAGCCAGAACUUUUAAUGAAGUGCAGUACUGGGUGUGCCUCCUAUUUUGCAGCAGUUUAUCCUAAUGGAAUGUAUGUCGAUAAAAGCCACUGUACAUUUUUAUACGGCAAUAAACAGUCGUAUUCCUCCAACUCAAAAUGUCAGAUCACUUCUGUUUUCUGAAAAUGAUGAGGAGCCCAGCGUCUGCAGUGUAUGAAGGUGGAUUGAUGUGAACGCUUUUUUUCUGCUCCACAAUCAGAAAAAUGAUGCUGCGGUACAAACCCUUUUUUCAGUGUUUUCGUUUAACGACUCAGAAGGUGACAAUGCUGUAGGCUACCAUUCUAUUGUAAAUGUGUGGUAACUCAACGUGUUGGGGGGGCCAGUCUUCAGAACCAAAUAAUACAAAUAAUUGUGAAUAUCCGUGAUGCUUUUCCAUCAGUGAGAGGCAGGGGGGACAUGGGGAUCUGAGGAAAAACACACGGCUGUUGUUAUAAAAGCUUAUUACUUGUAAUAUCUGUGGUGAAUGGAUUUGAAUGGAAAUAAACCAGGUUCUCUGUUUCGCAAGGUA